AUGGUCUCGGAGACUAAGGAUCGCGAGUUUCCUUAUAAAAACGAAGCAAAGCAAAAAACCGGAGGUGAAAUGGGCGGGUUGCCCCAGCCGAAAGUUCCCGGUAUCGGCAUGACCGCUCAACCUCUACGGGCCGAGUCUCACUGCCGUCAACAAGGCAGUCGACGAGUGACUGGCAUGCGUACUAUUGAGGACGCAGUCAAUUGA